AUGAGCAAAAGAAUUGUGAAGAGCUCAAAGUCCUCAAGAAGACACAAUUUCUCUUCCUUCAAGGAGAGAAUUGAGGCUACUAAGAUAGAGCCUAAUUUGAACUUACUGGUGAGGCCAUACGAUGAAGUUGAGACUUCCCAUUUUCGCUCUACAUUGGAACAUUGGGCUGAAGUAAAUCUCAGUGGCAACUUUACUGAGUUUUUUGACCAAGUUAAUUCAUACUGUCAGUCUCUUCCUCAGUUGUUACAUCAUCAGAAGCAUAUCUUUGACACUUUGGUCCGUCAUAUCCAAAUUGUAGACCCAUUUUCGCUCGAGCCGCUACUUGAAUUACUAUCCCAGUUUAUUCACGAUCUUGGACCCGAUUUCAUGGUCUACUACCCCGAUGCACUCGCCUUGAUCACAGAAACCAUCCUUAAAAUAGAACCGAACGAAUCACAAAAUAAUAGAAACUCUUCGAAUGUUUUAGAGUGGUGCUUCAAUUGUUUGGCGUUUACAUUCAAAUACCUUUCCAAGUCAUUGGUCAGUGAUCUCACUACUACAUUUGACGCAUUAUUGCCUCUCUUAGUUUCGAUCAAAAAAUCAUAUCUUUCUCGAUUCAGUGCAGAAGCUAUGUCCUACUUGAUACGAAAACAACCUGCCGAGCAUUUACAAAAGACGAUACAUCACACCUUCGUUAGUCAUGGCCACGAACUAAGAUCAAAUGCGGUUUACCGUGAGGCAUUAGUGGUGUUAUACGGAGAAGCAAUGAAAGGUACUGAAGGUGCAUUGCACUCAAGAUCCAUGAACACCUUAGGAAGUCUCAUAAAAAUAACACUCACCAUUGACGAGAAUAGAGAAUUCGUAACUCUGGUGGUCUCCAAAUUGAUUCUCCUACUCAUUAAUUUUGGCAGUGUUGAAAACAGCAACAAAGUCUAUAACACCACGCUUCAGCUAUUAAAUGCUCAUCUUGGUCAGAAUCCGCUGCAAUUGGAUUUGAUUACUUCGGUGCAUUUUCUUUUGUCCUUGUCAUUUGCGGAUUCUGGUAAGAAAAACUCUCUGUGGAAUGUCAUCUUCAGUCAUACAGAAAAGAUUACAAAAAUUGCAAACUCACAUAAAGAGAAAUCGCAAACGUUACAUGAUUCAUUAAUUUACCUCUACUGUGUGAUGAUUCGUAAUACACCCGCAAAUGAGUUGAUGAAGUACUUCAAAAAAUUGAUAUCUGGAGGCUCACAAUUGGACGGUGGAAAAUUUUUUUUUGCAUUAAUCGAGGGUAGCUAUGCGCUAGCACAAGACACUUUAAAGUCAUUGCAGGUAACCAAACUGAUCCAAGAAUUCUUAGUGUCGAAUGAGAAUUCUAAUGUGGUAUUACCCUUGUCAUAUUUUCUCAUGAACACUCACAAUAAAGGUUUAUCAAACACCUUGACAUUACCCAAAAACAUAUCACGUAUGGCGUUACAAAGCAUAAAGUCAUCCGGAAAUAAUGAUGAUGAAUUGCCCUUUUCAUGUUCUGCACUCGUAAUAAUGAGACACAUUACGGUAGACUCUGAGGUAUUGCACGUCUUGUGUAAAAAAUUGGAGCAAAUAUGGAGCUACAACGAUGUCACUCCUGAACGGGCAUAUGCUGCUUCGUUGAUCAUUAACAUAAUCUCUUCCAACAAAGAUCGUUUAGGUGAAAAAUCUCUAGCCGAUGUUUUCAGCCAAUCAUGUGACAAAUUCGACAAUUAUAGAACAUACGUCUCCUUUUUGGAAGCUUUCGUUAAGUUCAUCAAUGCGUACCCUUCUGUUCAAGCAUCUGAAGUUGAGCUUAGCAAUAUUUGCUCUAUGCUAGUGAAAAACUUGAGGUUGCCUAAUCGUGGAUGCAGAGAAAGGUCUGCUCACUUGAUUAGGUUGAUUUUGAGCUACAUCGAAAGUCCUAGCUCCAUCAUCUCACAGGUAGAAACUAUUGAACAGAUCCCAUUGACUGUGGAAUCCUCCAGGGAUGUAACAUUAAAAAUCAGAAAUCUUUAUUCUGCCUUUCAACAAGAAGUGAACAUUUCUGAGCUCGACUCACAAAUUAUGUUUAACUAUACGUUCGGUCUCCUUUCCAACAAAUUUCAGCCCUGCUCGGAUGCUGUAAUCGAGUGUAUCCCUUCUGUGUGUAAUAAGUUAUACUCUGGCUUAUGGGAGGGAUCAAUUGAGUUUAUUUGCAAGUCUUACUCAGGACAAACAGAAAAGAGUCAAUUACACGAAGAUUCUUCAGUGGCUGAUGAACUGUGGUUCGCUGACGAUCAAAGAUUGAAGGGUAAUUUCAAGACUAUUUUUGAUGUUCACAUGUCGCCUUAUUUGACUCCCCUGAAUGCUAUUAUACACUCAAUAAGAGAAGGUAAUGAAGAGGAAUACCCGUCAUUAAUGCGGACUCAGGCAAUCAAGGUCCUAAGCGCAAUACCGUCCUUUUGGCAAGAACACUUGCGUGUGUUAGCCUCAUUGAUCUGCAAAAUAAUCGACGGCGAAGACAACGAUUUCGAUUCUUCCAUGGGAUCGCCUUGGACUAUGAAAGAAAGAAACUUAUUCAUUGGUAUUAUCGCCAAGACAAAGCACUUAAAGAAACUCGAAGACAAGGAAAGAUUGCAUGCCCAUAUACUCAAGCUUUUGUCUAGCAGACAGAGCGAGGGGCAGAAAUUGGCAUUGGACAUAAUAUUCAACUUUCAAGAUCAAGCUAUCAACAAGUACAGGGAUCAUUUCAACAAUCUUCUAGAUGAUUCACUUUUUAGAGAUGAGAUCGUUACGUUCUUAUCGGCGGAUUCUACUUCUGUUAUCGAGGCCCCAGACUUUCCACAAGUGAUCAAUAUCGCCUUGCACAUUUUGUUUGGUAGAGCUCAAAGGACCUACAAAAGCAACAGUAGUAUGGGCAAAAAGCAUGCUGUAUUUCAAGCGCUUGGAAACCUCGAGGAGCCCGAGAUUACUCUCUUCCUUCGAAUUGGUUCCAGUCGUUUAGAUUACCAGUCUUAUGUCAACAUUUCACACGAUUCCAACAUAACGCAAGCCGAACUAAGAAAAUGCCUUGGUUUCUACAAUCUUAUAAAUGAGUUAGUGGAAGUGAUCAGUCCUUCUAAACGAUCGUCAUUUCUUCUGAUCAUAGAACCAAUAAUCUAUGGAUUGGUUUUGGCACAAACGUAUAUUACUAGAGGAGAAGACAAGAACGAGGUCGAGUUCAAAAUUGCAAAGCAGGUCAGACUGACGGGCUUGAGAUGCUUUGCUUCUGUUGUCAAAUUUCUUGGAGAGACGGCGCCGUGGCAGAACUAUAGCGCAGUUUUAUUCGAAAAGGUGUUUGCGCCAAGAUUAGCAGCUUUUUCUCAAGAAAACUUGCAACAACCUUCUGCACUUUUGAGUGUGUUUACUAGCUUAGUUGACUAUCUGUCAUCGAGAGCCCUAUUAUAUCAUGACGACUUUCAUCUUUGUCGGGCCAUUGUCUCACUUCUUUCCAACAAGUUUAUCAAAGGCUCGGUCGUUCUAGCAAUACUUGACUUUUGUUUCAAAUCAUUAUCGGUGAAAUCUGUUGAUGAUGAUAGGCUAUUCACUUUCUUAGCUAUUUUGGUAGAGGGCAUCCUUCGCAACUUACCCAACCUAAUACUGGAAUCGGAAAGUGAAGAAGUUAUUGAAAAGUCAGUACAGCUUCUAUUACACUUGAUUCAGGGCAAUUAUGUUGAUGAUAUCUCAACCCGAUCGUCCUUACUCGACUCAUUGAAGCACGCUUUAGACCGUUCAAGUUUAGAAAGUGGCCAGACCUUGCUAGUUCUUCAGGCGAUGUCUUCGAUUCUCGAAGCAUCAGGAUUUGAAGAAUCCGAACUAUGGAGUGUUUAUGAUAUAUGCUGCAAACGUUUGAGAUCUACAAAGGAACGGGACCAGCGACAGGUCCUUCUGAAUAUUUUUGUUGAGAUUGGUACCAAAUUGGAUGAUGUCAGGUUAACUACUGAGCUCUUGAAGAAGAUGAAUGCUUUCAAAGCUACAAGAAAUGAGCCUGAUUUUGAUCAACGACUCCUGGCUUUUCGGGAGGUGAAUGAAGUUCUAUAUCCAGACCUCAACGUGAGACAAUGGAUGCCUUUUAUUUACUGUGCUCUCUACUACAUCAACGAUGAGUCUGAACUUACAAUGAGAACUAAUGGUUCUUUUUUGUUAUGUCGUUUUGUCGAUUGCUUUUCUAAGAAAAGUACUGCUGAGGAAUCGACUCCAUAUAUUCACGUUUUAAAGGAUGUGAUUUUGCCACACAUCAGGAGUGGUCUCCGCAAUCGUAAUGCCGACGUACAGUCUGAGCAUGUUACUUUUUUGGCAUACUUGAUUGAGAAUGCACGGUAUUACACUGACUUGGACGACAUGAAAGUGCUCUUAUUCAAUAAUGAUGAAGAAGCAAACUUUUUCAGAAACAUAAACCAUAUUCAGAUCCAUCGUCGUCAAAGAGCUAUUAUGAGGAUCAGAGAUUAUCGCGAGCAAUUAACCAGUUCAAGUAUUGCUCACUACAUCUUGCCAAUGAUUGAAUACUACUCUGUUACUGAUGACGAGAGAAUGAGAAAUGUCUCAAACGAGAGUAUUAAAACGAUAAGUUUACUUGCCCGAAGACUUAGUUGGACACAGUUCCGUGCUGUCCUUUCUCGAUACCUCUCGUUACUAAAGGGUAGAAAAGAAGAACUGUUGGGAGUCCAUGUCAGUUUGGUUGUGGCACUCUCUGAAGCUGCAUUAGGUGCAAUUGAAAACUUCAGAUCUGGUAUUUUGACCGAUACGUUUGCUAAUAUUCCUUCUCAAGACAUCAUUGAUAGCAGCUUUUCGACAGAUGUCCUUCCAAUAAUAAUUAAGGUUUUGUCAACGCGUAACGAUGAGACCAUCGUUUCCAGAAUUCAAACUAGGGAGAAGGAGUAG